AAAAAAAAAAAAAAAGAAAGCCACGCACGUUUCACGUGCAAACCCCCGAGAACAACCGAGAGAAUUCGUAACAGGAGUUUCUAGAACUUCUUUCGUCUUCUCCAAGUUUCCACUUCCGAAAUCCCCCAUUCUCACAUCUCACACAUCCUUCCAUUUUCAGUUUCAUCUUCACCAAACGCACCAACACUCCAAUUCAAUCUACUCUCACAUGGCUGCACUCAUAAUUCGAACCGCCAGGCUCACUAAAUCCGCUUUUGUUGCCGCCAUUAAUGCCUCUCCUUCCACCUCUCGCUCUCUAUCUCGGUAUCGCUUCUCCACCUCCACCGUAGCUCGCGCUUCUGAUAUCCUCUCUUCCUCCACCGGUUUUACCACCAGGCCGGAGAUUGCCGCGAACGACGUACGGUUUCUCUUUCACGGAGGUUUUGUUCCGCACAACAACAGGAGUUUGUUGUUCUCCACUCCUCGUCGGUAUUCUACUGCUGUCGAUUCGUCUCUGUACAAUCCGCAUGGUUACACCGAGAUGGCCUGGGAGGGAAUUGUUGGUGCUUCAGAUGCAGCACAGCGUAACAAACAACAAAUUAUAGAAUCUGAGCAUUUAAUGAAAGCCCUUUUGGAGCAAAAAGAUGGAUUAGCAAGAAGGAUACUAACAAAGGCUGGGUUAGACAACACAUCAGUUUUACAAGCUACAGAUAACUUCAUAGCUCAACAACCAAAGGUCAGUGACCCUAGUAAUCCUCGGUUAGGGACAAGUCUAGGUUCUUUAUUGGAAAAUGCAAGAAAGUUUAAGAAACAAAUGGGAGACGACUUUAUUUCUGUCGAACAUCUUGUAUUAGCAUUUCCUUCAGAUACAAGAUUCGGAAAGCAGUUGUUCACAAGUUUGAACCUAAGUGAGAAUUCGUUAAAGGAAGCCGUUGAAGGUGUUCGUGGAAAUCAGAAAGUAACUGAUCAAAACCCUGAAGGGAAAUACGAGGCACUUGACAAAUACGGUAGUGACUUGACCGAACUUGCUAGAAAGGGGAAACUUGAUCCGGUGAUAGGCCGAGAUGAUGAAAUCCGACGGUGUAUCCAGAUACUAUCGAGAAGAACAAAAAAUAACCCUGUUAUUAUCGGCGAGCCUGGUGUUGGAAAAACUGCAAUUGCUGAAGGAUUAGCUCAAAGAAUUGUGCGUGGAGACGUCCCUGAACCUCUCAAGAAUCGUAAGUUGAUCUCUCUGGAUAUGGGUUCGUUGCUUGCGGGUGCUAAAUACAGAGGAGAUUUUGAGGAACGGCUUAAAGCUGUUCUGAAGGAGGUUACAGCUUCGAACGGACAAAUAGUUUUAUUCAUCGAUGAAAUUCACACGGUAGUUGGUGCAGGAGCUACUGGUGGAGCAAUGGAUGCUGGAAAUUUACUAAAACCGAUGUUGGGUCGAGGGGAGCUUCGAUGUAUCGGAGCAACAACAUUGAACGAAUACCGAAAAUACAUUGAAAAAGACCCAGCUCUCGAACGCAGAUUUCAACAAGUAUUCUGUGAUCAACCGUCCGUUGAAGACACAAUUUCAAUUCUUCGUGGAUUGCGUGAACGGUAUGAACUGCAUCACGGGGUCAAAAUAUCCGAUGGUGCUCUGGUUUCCGCUGCUGUUCUUGCAGAUCGAUACAUUACAGAACGGUUUUUACCUGACAAAGCAAUUGAUCUAGUUGAUGAAUCUGCUGCGAAGCUAAAAAUGGAGAUUACUUCUAAGCCCACUGAAUUAGACGAGAUUGAUCGGGCCGUGUUAAAACUCGAGAUGGAGAGGCUAUCUCUAAAAAACGACACUGAUAAAGCAUCAAAGGAAAGGUUGACUAAACUCGAAAGCGAUUUGCAAUCUUUGAAAGAGAAACAAAAAGAGUUUAACGAACAGUGGGAGCGUGAAAAGUCACUGAUAACUCGCAUACGGUCAAUCAAGGAGGAGAUUGAUAGGGUAAACCAAGAAAUGGAAGCGGCUGAACGCGAUUACGAUCUUAAUCGUGCUGCGGAACUCAAAUACGGAACGCUAAUGACUCUUCAACGCCAGCUGGAAGAAGCCGAGAGAAAUCUUUCUGAUUACCAACAUUCCGGGAAAUCAUUGCUUCGUGAGGAAGUUACCGAUAUCGACAUUGCUGAAAUCGUAAGCAAAUGGACGGGAAUACCCUUAUCAAAUCUUCAGCAAUCUGAGAGAGAUAAACUUGUGUCUCUCGAACACGUUCUCCAUAAAAGAGUUAUCGGUCAAGAUAUGGCGGUCAAAUCUGUGGCAGAUGCGAUACGAAGGUCAAGAGCGGGUCUUUCCGAUCCGAACAAACCGAUAGCAAGCUUCAUGUUUAUGGGCCCUACCGGUGUUGGUAAAACCGAACUUGCAAAAGCUCUAGCGAGUUACCUUUUCAACACGGAAAAUGCCCUCGUGAGAAUCGAUAUGAGUGAAUACAUGGAAAAACACGCCGUCUCGCGAUUAGUCGGCGCGCCACCUGGCUACGUCGGCUAUGAAGAAGGCGGUCAACUUACGGAAACCGUUCGCCGAAGGCCGUACUCGGUUGUUCUGUUUGAUGAAAUCGAGAAAGCACACCAUGAUGUUUUCAACAUUCUGUUACAACUGCUGGAUGAUGGACGGAUAACGGAUUCUCAAGGAAGAACUGUUAGUUUCACGAAUGCGGUUGUUAUAAUGACGUCCAAUAUCGGGUCGCAUUAUAUACUCGAGACUCUUCAAAGCACACAAGGGAGCAAGGAUGCGGUUUAUAAUUUAAUGAAGAAACAGGUUGUUGACUUAGCCAGACAAACGUUUAGACCCGAGUUCAUGAACCGGAUCGACGAGUAUAUCGUGUUCCAACCACUUGAUUCUACGCAAAUCAGAAAUAUCGUCGAAAUUCAGUUGAAUCGCGUGAAAGAUAGACUCAAACAAAAGAAAAUCGUUCUUCGUUACACCGAAGAAGCUAUUGACGUUCUCGGGAAGCUAGGGUUUGACCCGAACUUUGGAGCCCGGCCCGUGAAAAGAGUGAUACAGCAGCUGGUUGAGAAUGAGAUCUCAAUGGGGAUACUGCGAGGAGAUUUUAGUGAAGAUGAUACUAUAAUUGUGGACACGUCAGCAGCCGUUAAGGAUGGUGUUCAUAUCAGGAAAAUGGAGAGGGAAGAGGCUAUGGUUGCAAAUAAUUGAAUAAAGGGGAUGUGAGUUGUUAAUAGAUGGUUUUAGUAUUAGCAGUUAUGUUUUUGUGCAGCUUUGAUUUCUGUUCCACAAUGUUUUUUAUUCGGACUCUAUGCUACUGCUUGACGUUGUUUUACUAAUUUUGUGAAAAUAACGUUAAAAAGCUGAGGACGGUUAAUCAUGCAUCAUGUGGUGGCGUUAAUAGCGUUAAUAGCUGAAAGACAAGGGUAUAUGCACUAAUCGGUCUUUGCCCGAUUGCUGAGUGUUAUGUGCCUUAUGUCUAAAGCUUGAUGCAAAACUACUAUCGAGCCGGGGGUCUCACGGGAAGCGGCCUCUCUAUUCUUAUGGGGUAGAGGUAAGGCUGUCUCAUCUUACCCUUCUCAGACUCUACCUUUGCUUUGCUAUUAGUGGGAUUUACUGAGCACGAUGAUGAUGACGACUAUGCUACUGGUUAACAUCUCUUUCUCGAUGCGAAAGGAGUGAGAUGUUUUCUGGUUGCUGAUGAAAUAAUUGCUGCGACUAUUUAUUUUAUUUCAAUGCGGAUACUAGUGGUUUCAAGAAUUUUAACAAGUUCGGGCUGGGUUGAUCCAAA